GGUAUUUUAAGCAACGGUCCUGAGGAGGACCAAGGAAUAAUCAAGGUGAUGUCUUCUACCAGACUCAUUCCCCUAUGGAAGGAUUUUAAAUACCUCCUAAAUGACAUCAUACAUAAAAGCAAGCAAACGUCAGAAGACCUAAAGAAUGAAGUGGUUGUGCUGAGUGACCAGUCCCAGAUACUGUUCAAAGAGUCUCGCCAUCCUCAAAAUAUGCCGCUUAUAUGCUAUUACUUCAGCGAUGCCAACUUCUUCGCCUCCCUCUCUUGGGUGACAAGCACCAAAGAAAUACAGGCUGUUGUAUGGAUGAAGAGCAAAACUGAUGACAUGGUUGAGAAGAGAAUAUUCUCCAUGACUGAACGACUGCCGCCCAUCCAGUGCAUGGUCCACACAGGUUCCUUUCACAUCCUCGUGGCCUACUGUGGCGAUCUGAUCUUGCGGCUCUUUGGGGACCACUUCCGGUCGUUCAAACCCCUGGGUAUAGUGCCCUGCCGCUUUAACAUCAACUGCCUCUGCUAUGACCCAGAAAUGAAGAUGCUUCUGUCAGGCAUUCUGGGGGCAGUGGUCACCUGGAUCAUUGAGCGGAGCGGCAGGGGCCUCCAAGUAGCCCACAUGGUCCCCAUCCCUGGGGAUGAGCUCAUCCAGGACAUCAGUCUGAAUGGUCCCAAUGGCUCCGUCCUUGCGCUGUGUGAGACGGUGGUGAGGGUCCUUGAGCGCCAGGGCCAAGGCCAGCUAGGAGAAGUUCAGAGGUUCAUGUCCACCACCAGUGGCUCCCCUAUCACCUGCUGCUUCACCUGCUCAGACCAGGGCUUUCUCUAUGCUGGAAAUAAGAGUGGGGAAAUCCAAGUAUGGAGCAUCGCCCGGGGAAACUCUCUCCACAGGUUCAAGGCCCAUGUCUCGGCGGUGAUCUGUAUCCGCAGCCGGCCGGAGGCCCACACCCUGCUCACAGCCGGCAAGGAAGGCCUGAUCAAGGAGUGGAACCUGACUCUGGGCAACCUGCUGCGGCGGCUAGAACUUGGCGAGGAGCUGUAUGAACUCAAGUUUAUUGACAACAUUACUUUCUUCUGCCAAACCACCCACACCUUCUCCUUGCGCUGUCUGCCUUGCUUCUACAGCCUCUUCAACGUCUGUGGCUCUGCUCCCCAGCAGCUGCGUCGGGUCCGCUGCGGUGAGAACUGGUUCCGGAUUCUGUGCACUACUGAGGAUGGCUUAUUGCGCUUUAUGUCUCCACUCACAGGGGAUCUGCUUGUCCUCACCUGGCCCUUCUCAAUCCUGGACCGGGCUGUGGAUUGGGCCUAUGACCCAGAAAAAGAGGAGCUCUUUGUAGCAACAGGCACCACAGAGGUGCUGGUGUUUGACACAACCCGCUGCCCUUGCCCAGCCAAGUAUCUCUUGUGCACCUCCCCAGACUCUCGGGACUGGGUACAAUGUCUGGCUUAUGGGCAUUUCCACCUGGGGCGGGGUCUACAAGGACUUAUGUUCUCUGGACACCAGAGUGGGGUGAUCAGAGUGCUUUCCCAGAACUACUGUGCCCGAAUAGAGAAGUUCAUGCACUUUGGAGCUAUCCUGGCACUCUCUACACUACCUGGAGGGCUUUUUGGUAGCCGAGAAAACUCUUUGCUCUGUUCCUAUGGAAUGGAUGACUACAUACACCUAUCAGAAACUGUGCUUGAAGGGAAGCGAGUGCAUUUGAAGACGCUCGCCAGCAUUCUCAGCAGCUGUCACCUAAAACAUCUGAUACUCUUGCCCACCUCUGUGGGUGCUAUCACGGAGACUAACUGUCUGCGUCUUUGGAAGUUCCAUGAUUUUCUGUCCUCUGAGUCACAGGAAGGCUCAAUGUAUAUAGAGACACUGCCUCUGCACCAGUGUACCAUCACAUCCUUCGAUGUCUGCCUGUCCUUGAGUCUUUUUGUCACAGGGGGUAUUGAUGGGUCUGUCCGGGUCUGGAACUUCCAUGGCAGACUUGUAGCCAUGCUGGAUUCAUCGCUGCACUUUGGCCCACUCUGCUUUGCAAACGACCGGGGUGACUUGCUUGUGACUUUUAACCAGAGUCUUUAUCUGGUGUCCUGUCUCAAACUGCUUCACCCAAACCUGCUGGCUCGCCUUUCCUUUAUGAGCAUGACAGAUGAAGUGCUAGAGGCCCCUAAGCCUUUCGCCCCAAGCUUCUUCUUCUCCUUUGAGACCAUGUUUGUGCCCAAGUACAUCUACCUUGGAAGAGGGAAACAGGAAUUAGCAGGUCUAGAGAAACUUGUCAAUAAGCGGGCCAUUGCCUUUGAUCAUACGGUGCCACACGUCAUAGAAGAAGACGAGCAAGGGAGCCCUGUGAUACUGUCUUCCUUCAGACGCCGUUUCUCAUAUAAAGAGGAGACUGUUGGGAUGGAGGUGAGCAAGCCUCCCCAUUAUGUGGUUCCUCCCCAACUACAGUUGUCUACCUGGGAUGGACUCAACCCUUACCAAAUACUGCGAUGCUACUUUGGUCAUGGGCGGGAAUGGCUCUUGGCUCCUGACUGCUACAUCCCCAACUCAGUGAUUCGUGCCCGUCUUUGGCCAGAGGGCAGCCCAAUAUACCUACAGUGCAACCUGCAUUCACCUGUGUGGGAAAUGGAAUGGGACAAGUCCCAGCAAUUCUUCUUCUGGCACAGUAGGGAAAAGUCUCUAAGUGAUGAUGCAGGAGAAUAUUCAUAUGAAAAGGAGGAUGACAACUUCAUAGAAAUGAGGCUGACCAAGGAUGUAACCUACAGUGUCCUUACGGACUCAGCAAACCGUAGUUGGCUAGGGAAAAAGAUGAGUGAAAUAGCUAUUAAUAGCCUAGUGGAGACAAUCCUCAACAUUAUGAUCCAUGCUUCCCCACUGAAGUACCAAUGCUGCAUUGGUGCAUUGGGACAAAUCUUUGCCUCUUACGAGGUGUCUUCAUCCCUGCGCUCUGAAACAGCCCGUCGCCUACUGGAUGAUACCGCCAAUUCCAACCCACUGAUCCGAGAGCUAGCCUGGGAAGGGCUAAAGCGUCUAGGAAUGAUUACUCAUCUUUUUGCCAUGCCUCUGGCCCAAGGAUUGAUGGACAAGGACCAAAGAGUGAGGAAUAAGGCCCUGACCCUCAUACCUGACACUGGAAUCCACUGUAAGUCCUCCCUCUUAAGCCUGAUCCAGCACCGAGAGACCUUCCGGGAGAUGCAGCAGGAAAUGAUUGGGGAUGAAUCCCUAGACCAUCUGUUGGGAAUAAGGGCCACAGAUCUCCAAAUCCUUCACACUCAAGUGGAGCAGCGAUUGAAUGAAAACCUGACUUUGUCAGAGGGACAGGAAAAGCCUGCUUUUUCUUUAGAGGUCUCAAGGGUCUCUGAACGUCUAUCCCUUUCCAAGCAACCUGACGUAAUUCCUGAAGAAUCUAAAGUUCCCAUCAAGUCCGGCAAAGGCAAAAAGGGGGGCAAAAAGCAUGCCCGAAAAUUGUGGCGGGCCCUCAAGAAGAUGAAAGAGGCUGGCAGAGAGCAAGGUCUCUUAGAGGGUGAAAUUGACGAGAGGGAAGCUGCACCAGUUUCGGUGGAGGAGACAGCCGCCCAUCCUAGAAUCUCUUCGACCAUCAGUGUGUUGAAGAGUUCAAAAGAUGGUGAGCCACAACCUCCAGAGAAAGACACCUCAAAGGACCAUUUUGCAUUGACCCUGAAGACGCUGAGGAAAAUCCGUGAGAGAAAAGGCAAGAAAAGAACAGCGCGGAAACCCAAAAAGAGGCGCAAGAAGAAGACAAAAGAAGCCAAAGUUACAAUUGAGGAAACUCCGGCUGCUAUAAAGGAAGAACCAGCUGUGAAGCAGCUGAAAGCCCAAGGGCGGGGUGCCGCUGGGGCGCCUGGCCGCAAGACCAUCCCUGAAGAGAGCUCAUCAUGGCGGGAUGAUCUAUGUCGUCUUAUGACCCUUAGAAUAUCUGGUUCGCAAACACACAUGUCAGAAGCUCUAAACAUGGAGCUGGUGGCCAUGGCUCAGGAGGUGCUGGCGGAUCGACAGCCCAGCUGGGAGCUUUUCCAGGAGAUCUGCCCCUUGUUGGAGGAAAAAAGUGAGGUUCUGCUUGAGGACCUCAACUGGGAUGUAGCCUGGCCAGAGGAGAAACCAAUUUUUGUUCAUGAAGGGGCGAUCAGAGACGACAUAAUACGCAGAAGGGAGGACGAGAUACCAGAGGUACAAGAGCAAAAGGAAGCAGAGGACAUGACAGCUGUGCAGGAAACCCAGGUGAUUCCCAAAAAAGUCAAGAAAAAGAAAGUUCUCUUUUUAGGACCAGGUGGUCUAACCAAGGGAAAACGAAUAUCAAAGAAAGAAGAGAAGAAAUCCUUAAAGAAGCCCUUUAAGCAAGAGAGGAAAGAAGUUCAGCAGGAAAUAGAAGUGGAUGAAAAAGAGACAGUGAGCAAAAGAGAGAGAGAUGUGAGCCCAGUAGUAGAGGAAGUGGCCAUAUCGGAAGAGGAAAUAGUUAAGCAAGAAGAAAGCCCAGUUAUGGCUGAGAGGAAGCUGUCUUGGCAGGAGUGGAAGAAGUCCUGGGAUGAGUGGAAACAGGCCCAGGAUGAGAAGAUACCCUGGGAUGAAUGGAAGAAAGCUUGGGACAUGAGGCAUCUGGAGGAAGAGGAGAAACAACAAACAGAUGAAAGGAAGCCACUCCCAGGGGAGGAAAAGCUGGAUGUGGACAAGAAGAAGCUGAGAUGGGAUGAGUGGUUAGAGGUCUGGGAAAAGAGAGUGGACAGGUCCAGAGAGGAACACAAACCUGAGGAGGAACUGACCCUGAAGAGAGAAGAAGUAUCUCAGGAAGGGGGAGGAGAAGUGUCUCAGGAAUGGGAAGAAGAAGGAGAAGAGAAAGAAGAGCUGAUGUCAAAAGAGCAAAGACAGAUCCGAAAGGAAUAUGAUCAGGCCUGGAUUGAGAGGAAACGAGCCCAGGCUGAAAGAAAUCGAGCCCAAGAAGAAAGGAAGCUGGCCCAAAAAGAAGAGAAGCUGGCACAGAAAGAGAGAAAACUGGCCCAGGAAGAGAGAAAACUGGCCAGGGAAUAUGGGAAACUGGCUCAGCGAGAUAGGACAAUGGUCCAGGCAGAGAGGAAGGUUGUCCACAAUGAGGAAAAAUUGGCCCAAAGAGAGGAGAAGUUAAGCCAAGAAGCAGAAAAACUGGCCCAGAAGAGGAAGAAACUGGCCAAGCAAUUUGAGGAACUGGCUGGAGAAGAAGAGAAAAUAGCGAAGAAAGGAGGGAAGCUGGCUGAGGUAAAAAAGAUGCUGGCUCAGAAAACGGAAAAACUGACCCAGAAGGAAAAAGAUCUGGCAUUGCAAGAAAAAGAACUAUCCCAGGAAUUGAAGGACCUGAUGUGGGGAGAGGAGGAACUGGCUCGGAAAGAAGAGGAAAUGAAUCAGGACUUGAGCGAUCUAGCUGAGGAAGAGGAGGAACUGUCUCAGGAAGACAGGACCCUGGCCUGGCAAGAGCAGAAACUGAGUAAGGAAGAGAAAGCGCUGGUCCUGGAAGAAGAACUGCUGAUUCAGGAGGAGAAGAAACUGGCCCAGGACAAGGAGAAACUGCCUGAGGAAGAGGAAAGGCUUGCUGAGAAAAGGAAGAAACUGAUGGAGAACAAGUUAAAACUGGUCCAGGAAAAAGAAAAAUUGGCCCAGGACAAGGCAAAACUCACAAACAGCAGGAAUAUAUUAUCCUGGAGGGGGAAGUCUCUGGCUCAGGAGAGGGAGAAUCUGCACCAGGAGAAAGUGAGAUUGGCUCAGAGGAAAGAGAAUCUCCUCCAGAUCACAGAAAACCUUGCCCAGAACAAAAAUAAAUUAGUCCAAGAAAAGGAAAAACUGGACGUGUACAAGAAGAAACUUGCUCAGGAAGAGGAAAAGCUUGUGGAAGAAAAGGAAACACUUGCCCAGAGGAAGGAGAAGGUAGAUGAGGCUGAGAAAAAGCUGACCCAAUUAGAAGAAAGCCUGGCUCAGAAGCAGCACAAUCUAGCCCAGGACAAGAUGGACUUAGCUAUGGAAAAGAGAGGGGUCUUCCAAGAACUGAAAAUGCUCAGAGGAGACUGGGAUAGUGUUAAGGAAAAAAAGGCACUGAGCAAAGAAAUGAAGAAACUGGCCCAGGAGAAGGUCAGGCUGGCUGAGGAAAGCCAAAUUCUCUCUACAGGAGAGACUAAAGAAACCUUAAAACAGUUCAGAGUGACCAAGAAUGAACUAGAACAAAUCAAGAGGAAAUUGUCACUAGAGGAGAAGAUACUGAGGUAUGAAGAUAGAGUAUUGGCCACAAAGCAAAGGGACAUUGCCAAAGGAAAACUGGAAUUUACCAGAGGAGGAAGAGUGUAUGCCCAGGAAGAGAAGAAGCUGGCCAAAGCAGUAAGGAAGCUGAGUAAAGAAAAGGAAGGCAUUUCCAAGGCACAAUCAAAAGUGAGCAGCAAAGUCUUAAAGGCACUUAGAGAUCUUACCAAAGAAGAAAUGAAAGUGGUCCAGGAAGAAAUAGAGAUGACAAAGAUGAAGAGGAACUUCUUGGUUAAGGAAAGGAGAUUGAGCAAGGAACAAAAUAAGCUUGAUGCCAAACAGUGGGAUUUUUCUGUGGAACAACCAGAAGUAACCAAAGAUGAGAAGAAACUGGCUAAGAAGCAGAGAAAACUGGCCAAGGAAAUGAAAAGAAUGAUAAAGAAAGAGAAAAAAAUUACUGAGGAAGAAAGCAGAUUGGCCAGACAACAGAGAGAAGUCAUACAGGAAGAAGAGAAGGAAGAACUAACAAAGGAUGGAGAGGUAAUACCACUGCUUGGACAAAGGUUGAAAAAGAGAAAAGAGCUAAAGACACUUGAUACACCAAAGGAAAAGCUUCCCAGUCAAGAAGAGAGUAGAACGAGCCUAUCCAGAGAAAUAGAAAACUUACUGGAUGAAGUAGAGCGAGAGAGUUUGUCUGAGGAAGAGGAGAAAGAAGGGGAGGAGGAGGAGGAGGAACAAGAGGAGGAGGAGGAAGAGGAGGAGGAGGAAGAGGAGGAAAGGAAGAUGGUGGAGGAGAAGGAGGUAGAGGUGGAAGAGAGAAAGAAGAAAGAGAAAGAGAAGGAGAAGAAGAAGAAAAAGGAGAAGAAGGCACAGGAGGGGGAAGAGGAGGAGGAGGAGAAAGAAGGGGAAGAGGAAGGGGAUGAGGAGGAAGGGGAGGAAGUGGAGGAAGAAAGCAUGAGUGAAGAAGAGUCUGAAAACAAGAAAAAAGAGAUCUUAAAAACAGGAAAAUCAUUUAAGUCACAAGCAGAAAGACAAAAGGACCGAAGGGAAAGAGAAAUAAUCCCUUCUAUUGGAAAAAGAAUCCCUGAUAUCAGAGACACUGCUAAAGAACUAGAAGUUCUGAAAGUCCCUUCCAAGAAAAUAAUAGCUCUGGACACGCAAGAGAAGAUACCAGUGCCAGUGUCUACAAAACAAGUAUCCCCGGAAGAAAAGGCCAGAGCACUUGAGGCAUCCAGGAUGCUUCCAGAGUCAAGGUUUAUGGGCAGACAAGGAGAACUGUUGAAGAAAUAUAUGCCCAAACCUCUACAAGUUUUGGAUACAGUUUUGGAGUCCCCAGAACGAGACUUAAAGACUCCAUAUUUACCUGACAUAUUGAGGCAGGCCAUGGAAGCUCACAAACUUCAAGGCAAACCACUAGACCCCAAGUUACAGUGGAUUUUGCAGCAUCAUCCAGUCCUGAUGAGAAAGACUGGGGUACCUUUGCCCCAAAUCUGGGCCAAGGAAGUAGGUGCUCAGGUAGGACUCUCAGAUAUAGACUGGAUCCACCAUGUUCUAGAACGGAUGGAGGCAGGAGAACAGCUUUCUAGGGAGAGUUUUCACAGAUUGUGCCAGCUUCUCAAAAACCUCACCACAAAGGGAAACCUAGAUUGGCUUCAUCUGGCCCAACUUAAAGCCAUUGUGUACCGUCACAAGCAGAUCCUGGAAUCACGAAGCACACGUAUCUCAAAACCCAGUAAGGAGUCCCUGGGUACAAAGUACCCAAAAGUGAUCCCGCCUAUAAAAGGAAAGGAAAGCUGGUUAAAACCUUUCGGUGGCCCCACACCAAAGUCCCCAUUAGGUACCAAAGGGAUCCCCACACCAAAGGGUGUAAACUGGCAUCUUUUAGAAGAGCCUUACAGGAGUGCCUGGGCAGGGCAGAUAUCCGCUGCUCUCGAGGAGAUGGAGGUGCCACACUUUCCUCCUGCUACGGGAGACACUGUCACAGGUGCCCAGGCCUCUGUGGGAAAACAAACCCUUGCCCUGAUGUUUCAAAAAGACUUCUGGGCUUUUAAGGACAAAGGCAGGUUUCCCAGAUUGCCCAAGCUGGAGAAGAAGGCCCGGGCCGUCGCUAAGAAGAAGGAAGAGGUUCCUCUCUGGGAGACAUUUGUGGCAUUGUACCACGUCUUGCAGAUGUUGCAGCGACGAUAUGCAAAAGACAGCGCUGCUUGGAUGGAACAGUUCCAUCAGCUCGUGGACCUGUACCAACUUAAGUCCCCCCGAAUCCAGAAGCUGCUGCAGGAGCUGUUACUGAGAGAUGAACCCCAAUCCCAAGAGAUCACCUACGAGGAGGCCCAAAAGGCCAUGGAUCUGGUUCCAGGGGAGCGCUUGUUCUACCACCUGUUUUGUGAUGGCUCUCGGAACCCUAAAGGUCCUCUGGAGUUCCAGGAGGUGGUUCCACUCCCAGGUCAGAAUAAUGUCCGUACCAUCAAUCAUAUUGGCAUUGCUCAGUAUGGGAUCUUGGAACUCGCCUGGAAGAGCCUGCCCCAAGCAGAUAUUCAUCUCACCAAGGAAAUGCCCCACAUCAUUGCUCCCACCCCGUAA